UUAAAAAUGGUGGCAAAUUUAAAGAAAUCUCUUGAUUCCUUCAUAAUUUUGCAAUAAUUCUGCUGCUUUAUUUAGUUCAUAUAAUGGCGACGAUAAACAGACACUAUGCCAAAGUGAAUGUUUUUGAAGAACUACAAAACUUGGAGCUGAGAGCCAUACAGCUUGAACAGACAAGAAAAGAAGACACUAGACAUGACCAGAAAUUGAGGGACCUGAAGGGAAAGCUGGAGAAACUGACGGCAAAGAGAGAUGACCUGAGGAGGCAGCUCAAGGGAGGCCCAAAAGAGGUAGUCGCUGAAGCACUGACGACUGGCAGGAAGAUGUCUGCAGAUGAGAGAUCGAACCUAGAGGCAACACUACAAGAUGCUGAGUUGAAGAGGGUGCAAGAAUUGCAAUCACUUUAUCGACUCACAGGAACCUCAACCGACCUGGUCGAAAAAAACGUCUUGCGUUGGAGAUUCGACACCUCCUACAAAGGAGAGUUCUUCGAGCCGUAUUACGUCGAAAUCAAGGUUGACCCAAACGUUCCUUCGUCUGCGCUGCAUCACACCUUGCCUCUGUUUAUCCCACUGGACGAACUGAUGGAGCACCACCUAUAUCACGAUGUGAAAGGAUUUGUGGAAGCGGUGCAUCAGUAUCUCAUCCCGUUUGUGAUGCGGCGGGAGGAAGUUCUAAAGAUGGAGAGAAAAUUUGACGACAACAUCGAUACAGAUAUCAGCGUCAGUGGCAGUUACGAUUGCAUAAGUUUCACCUUGGUUGACGUCAAGUACUUCGAAGAGCCCCUCGACAUCCGGUUGGUUUAUGACGAUUUGAAAGAUCAUGCGCCCUCAAGGAUUUCGAUAUCUCCUCCAGAAGGAUCUGAGGUGACUUCGAGCGGCCGGCAGGUGAUAGCUCAGUAUACCGAUCUACUCUCUCGUCGACCACUGUCGGAGGCGGUCGAGUCAAUCAUUACAGGACGAAUGGACUUAUCUGGUAGCUCACCACCGAAGAACUGAGGUCGUCUUCUGAGACUCAUCUGCAAAUUCACUGAUGACUGAAAAACAGUAUUUUUCAGUUGUGACAGCUGUCUUUAGUGUUGAAAGAGACUUAUCUGCACAUUGUCAUUUAAGGAGAAUGGACUCAUCUGCAAAUUCACCACUGUAGAGCUGAGGUGGUCCUCAGUUGUGAAAGUUGUCUUUAGUUGAGAAAUAGACGUGUCUGUGAAUUCACCACUGAAGCGCUGAGGUGGUCUUCAGUUGUGAAAGCAGUCUUUGGUGGGGAAAUGGACCUAUGUGCAAAUUCACCACUGAAGAACUGAGCAGUAAUUCUGUUGUGGAAGUUGUUUUUAGUUGAGAAAUGGACUUGUAGGCAAAUUCACCACUGAACAACUGACGUCGUCUUCAGUUGAGAAAGGUCAUUUUAGGAGAAGAGACUUAUUUGGAAAUUCACCACUGUAUGACUGAGGUGGUCUUCAGUCCUUCUGUCAAGAUAUCCUCUCCUGCCAGUAGGCCCUUGGGUUGUGCUAGUCAAAAUGUCCUCCGGUUGUGACAGUCAAUACGUCCCCUAGAAGUGAUCUUGCUUUUAGAGUUUGCUCAACACCUUAGAUUGUGAGAGUGGGGACAUCCAGUCUUGCCAACCCAGGGAUGUUUUGGCUGGAGGACGUUUUGAUUAGACAGCCACAACUCGACUAAAGCAUGUAGUUCUUGUAACAGCUUGUUCUGUUACCUGUCAUGCCAAUCCAAUGCCAAGGUUCCUUUAAUGAUAUCCAUUAUUCAAUAAUAUGAAUCCAUGCUA